AUGAGUUUUUCUGCCGGUGUCAUAACAGCGGGCAAAGUGAGUGAUAGCGUGCAUGCUGGGGUCAACGAGGACAAGUCGGGUCCACUCAUCCAAGACAUCCUCCGAACGCGGGGGUUCGAGAGAGUAGUGUCAGCCGUCGCCUCAGACGACGAGGAGAGUAUACGUGCAAGUCUUAAACAGAUCCUUUCUUUGAAGGCAAUAUCACCCCUUCUCGAGCGACAAGCCCCUGGACUUGUCCAUUUACUCCUGUCUUCGUCAUUGAAGCAUACUCCGCUUGCGGCCUUAUCACGCCCGCUGGCCGGAACGAUCGGAAAAACAUUGGUGGUAACGCUACCGGGAAGUACGAAAGCCGUACGGGAGAACUUGGACGCUCUCCUGUCGAACGGCGUACUCGACCAUGCUUUGGAUCUCAUAAAAGGCGGGAGCGGCAAGGACAGGAGCACUACCUGUGGCCAUCACCACCGCCCUGGAUGUGUCGCGCCUAAACCUCGAACUGCAUUAUCGCAUGAUCCCUCCGUUCCUGCCUCGGGUCGUCUUCGGGUAUCUCCUUACCCCAUGAUCAACCUCAAGGAUGCUCUGGACAUCAUAAUGACGGAGAUACAACCUUUGGAGGUGGUGACCCUUCCAGUCACUGCAGGCUUGGCGGGCCAUGUUCUGGCGGAGGAUGUUCAUGCGCCGCAAGAUAUCCCUUCGUCCAAGACGACCAAUGUGGAUGGGUACGCAGUUCGCUCCUCUGAUACUCCUGGCGUAUAUAACGUCCUGACCUCCCGAACCCAUAAGCUCUCUGAGGAGCUACCAGAGGGCUUUAUAUUCCGCAUCAAUACGGGAGGGCCAUUGCCAGCUGGGAGUGACUCAGUCAUCAUGGUAGAAGACACAGAGCUAGAAUCCACGUUGAAAGACGCCGAUGGCGAAGAUACGGAGGAGGAGCAAGUUAAAACUCUUGCGCAGGUAUCCCCAGGAGAGAAUGUUCGCGAACCAGGAUCGGAUGUGCGCAAGGGAGAUCUCGUGAUGCAAAUGGGGGAAGUAAUCACGAGUGCUGGGGGUGAAGUGGGAACGCUGGCGUUUGUUGGACGCAAAGAAGUCAAGGUGAUUCGAAAACCGGUUGUCGCUCUCCUUAGUACGGGGAACGAAUUAUUGGACUUGCAGUCGCCUAAACCUAUGCCUGGAGACGGAUGGGGAGGGAUAUGGGACACUAAUCGCCCCUCGUUGCAGGCAGCGUUGGAAGGCAUGCGCUACAAAGUCAUCGAUCUAGGCAUCGUUGCGGAUGACGUGGACGCACAUGUUCGAGCUGUAUCCAAGGGUCUUGAAACCGCAGAUAUCCUUUUGACGACAGGCGGGACGUCCAUGGGGGCAAGCGACCUACUGAAACCAGUAAUCGAACGCAGAUUCAAUGGCACGAUCCACUUUGGGCGUGUUGCGAUAAAACCUGGAAAACCGACCACGUUCGCAAGCAUACCAACCAAGGCCGCUCCACAUGGCCGGAAGUAUUUGUUCGCCCUUCCCGGGAACCCGGCCGCUGCGAUUGUGACCUUCCAUAUUUUCGUAGUGCCAGCGCUGAGGAAGCUGGGGGCUUGGCUGCCUAACAAGUGUCAACUGCCCCGAGUUCAGGUCCAGCUUGAGAAUGCAAUGCCGCUUGAUCCCCGUGUAGAGCUCCACCGAGUCAUCGUGAGGCCGACGCCAGAGGGCCUGCUCGCGACCACCACGGGCGGCCAGAGGUCGAGCCGGGUGACGAGUUUGUGCGGUGCCAAUGGACUAGUACAGCUACCUCCACUGGCUGUGGGUGGCCCAAGCAAGCUGGAAGCUGGAGAAUUUGCGCAAGCGAUUAUGAUAGGAGAAAUUCAGAUAUAG